AUGGGCAUCAAAGGCAUAUACAAAGAGCUUGGUCCUUGUAAACGAGUCUCCUUGUCCAAGCUCGCAGCUGACAGCUUGGAGAUCAACAACCGACCCUAUCGGAUUGCUAUUGACAUUGCUAUAUGGCAAUUCCAAGCGCAGGCGGCACGAGGUGGCACCAAUCCCGCCAUAAGAACACUCUUUUACCGACUUGUUCGACUACUUGCAACUCCAAUUCAACCAAUCUUUGUAUUCGAUGGCCCAAAUAAGCCAGCACUUAAGCGAAACAAACGAUCAGGCCGAGGCGAUGGUGUUGCAACAGCCUUGGCCAAGCGCCUAAUUCGUCUAUUUGGAUUCCAUGUUCAUGACGCGCCUGGUGAAGGAGAAGCUGAAUGCGCCUUCCUCCAGCAGCAAGGGGUAGUUGACGCCGUUCUAAGUGAAGACGUCGAUACAAUAAUGUUUGGGUGUACAAGAACGCUCCGUGAUUGGUCUGGUGAAGGAAGGACCGCCAAAACACCAACACAUGUGUCAAUGUACGACGUCCGCGACAUGGCAUUAGGAGACCUGGGCCUCGACCGAGAAGGGAUGGUUCUUGUUGCAUUGAUGAGUGGUGGCGACUACCUCCCCGACGGCAUCCCCGGCUGUGGUGUCAAAGUAGCUUGUGAAGCAGCCAAAGCUGGCUUUGGCAAAUCACUCUGCCAACUCAAGGCUUCUGACGAGAUCGCCAUAAAGGCAUGGCGAAAUUCGCUAAUACACGAGUUAAAAACCAACGAGAAAGGCUAUUUCAGAACAAAACACAAGUCAUUGACCAUACCCCAAGACUUUCCCAACAUCGAAGUCCUGCGAUAUUACACUCACCCCAUCGUCUCGCCGGAAACUGAUAUCGAAUCUAUUCGGCAGAGGGUGCAGGCAAAGCAGGAGUUCCAUCUCACAGCACUGCGCGAAUUUACACGAGAAACCUUUGACUGGGACUACCGGAUAGGAGCAAUCAAGUUUAUCCGCGUUUUAGGGCAAGCAAUGCUGGUCCAGAACAUGGCUAGCUCAUCAGAAACCCAACACGUUAAGCGCAUAUCUGGGCGACGAACCCACUUUAGCACAGAUGGGACCCCCGAGCUGCGCUUGGCCUAUGUACCCGAAGAGGUCGUUCCUAUUGACCUAUCCCAAGAAGUGGAGGAAAACAUUAGUUUCGCCCGCACAGGGCUAGCAUUGAAUAGUGACGAGGAAUUAGAUGCUAUUGAUGUCGUUGAAGAAGGAUCUACGGCAGGUGCACCAAAAAUUUUCGAUGUCGGGAAGCCUGAUCUGGCCUGGGUGCUGGAGGGGCUCGUGAAGAAGGCUGCUCCUGACGUUUUCCGGGAGUGGCAGACGAAGGAGCAAGCAAAGGCUAUUCGACGAUCUCCGAAGAAAAAGCCCGGUGUGGCCAAGGCGAGCAAGUCUUCUGACAUGCCUCGAGGGUCCCUUGAUAAAUAUGUCAAGGCUACAAAGUCGGCCGCCUUGGUCGAUCGUCAGGAGUCACGCAAAGGUGCUAAUCAAAGCGCAUCUCUUCUGAAGAGUCCUAGUCGUCCCGGAGUCUCGCCGAGCCCAAGUAAGCAAUCCUCGUCCUCGCCCACGAGGAGUCCGAAAAAGACUGCGGUUAUUCAUGCCAUCGACAGCUCACCAUUUACGCCCAGAUCGUGUAGACCCCAGAAGCAACCAGACCCGAUAUAUAUUUCAUCUAGCCCACCAGCCCCUGCGUCCAGUCCUCGCCGCCCGUCAGCUUCAGGUUCAUCGUCCAACAAGGCGCCUGUAUCCGCAGAGGCCAACCGGGUGCCCGAUUCAGUACGUUCGAUUAUUCAGGCAAGCCGUGGCUCUUUGGGUGUGAAGCCUUCCUCACAACGGCAACGAGAACGGCCAAGUCGAGAAACCAAAAUGGGUGAUGCGUUACUGAAGCAAUCCUCUAUGGAAAUGUUCCUAAGCAAGCCUAAGACGAAUGCUGCAGAGCCGCGAGAGGUGCAGAAAGAGAAGGAAGUGGAAACAGAGGACAGCGACUCUGAUUUGGCGUCAGUGUCAUCCUUAAUACAGCCUAGCCUGCCUACCGAGAGAAACUCGAUGGAGAAGAAGGCAUCACGAACAGGGGUGAAAUCAUCUCAGAUCAACUCAUCAUCAAAGAAGAAGAUCUUCAGGGCUAGGAAGUCUGAAUCGGGCUUCUUUGAGGAAGUCGAAUUGGAAGCCGAAGAGCGUGAAUUGGUGGCCAAUUCAAAGACUGGCAAGAAAGCGGCGGAGCUCAGAUGGAGCGAUGUGUCUGUUAUUGAUUUGACGGCGGCCGACAAUCAGUGUUGA